GCAACGUCACAUUGCUCUGUUUUGACACAAUGGUGUCAGUAUUACUGACGUCGUGUCUGUUUUUCUUUUUUCAUCAUGCCUCAAGAAUGGAUAACCCUUAGACGAGAAGAUAUUCGUUUGCGAACUUUUAACGAACACUUCUCUGCCACAUUUUUAAGCCCCCUCUUACUUGCUAAAGCCGGUUUCUUCUAUGUGGGAGUUGACGAUCAAGUUCAAUGCGCGUUCUGCAGAGGAGUGGUUAGAGAUUGGGAAAUAAAUGACGACCCAAGAAGAGAGCAUCAACGUUUGUUUCCGUCGUGCGCUUUCAUAUUAGGUUUACCAGUAGGUAAUAUACCUUUGGGUGAAAAUCCAUCCACUGUACAUCUGAAUGUAGAACGAACUGCUUCUCUACCUGUACCUCAGCAGUUGAACAUAGGAUUUGGAGCUACCAGGCAGUUUACUUCACAAUUUAGACCAAAUGCCUCACCAGACACUGAAUUGAGAUCUCCAGACAGUAUGCAAUUGAAUGCAUUAGUAGGAGAAAAUUUGGAAGAGUUGGGCAUAACUAAACAUAGCGGACCUCGGUAUUCCUCAUAUGCUACUUUGGAUGCACGACUUAAAAGUUAUAAUAACUGGCCUUCCCACCUGAAGCAAACUCCAAGAGCAAUGGCUCUAUCUGGUUUCUUCCAUCUUGGGACCAACGAUCAUGUCAAUUGUUUUCAUUGUGGAUCGGGCUUAAGAAACUGGGAACCAGAAGACGACCCAUGGCUUGAACACGCUCGAUGGUUCCCUCAGUGUCGCUUUGUUAUGCUGAUGAAAGGAGAACAGUACAUUAAAGAAGCGACAGAAUCCAUGUCCAAUCAUCCUAAAGCCAAGCCUUCCCUGUCGGCAUCAGUGGGAAAUUCACGUGCCUCACCAAGAGAGGCUUCAGAAGCUGAUCUGCGAAGUUUACUAGGAACUCCCAUAGUUCAGACUGUUCUAGCAAUGGGCGUUGACCUUUCUCGUGUUAGGCAGGCCCUAAAAUACCAAAUUCGUACUACUGGGCAGCCUUUCAACACAGUUGAUUCGCUUCUUGAGGCAGCUAUUGAAAUUCAGCAUCACAGCGAGCAUCGCCAGUCGUUGGAAGAUGGCAACUAUGAAGAUGUGGACUGGCCGUCAGCUGUACCUUCCUCUUCUCGUCGACGUGUAACAUCAACUGGAUAUACCCUUGUAGAACUUCCCGUUUCUCUAAGUACACCGAGCGAUGAACAUAGAACAAAUACCAAUGAGAACGUACCAAUUGUACCAUUGGUUUCGGAAGUAAGAUCUGAAACCCCGCUUUCGCAUCGGGAAAUGGAUACUCUUAGUAAGCCAGAAAAUCCUGAAAAAAUAAAAGAACAAAGUUGUGCCCUAGAGGUAUCAGCUUCAUGUGAAACAUCCACACAAUCCGUCGAUAGAAGUAAUGUAUUAAUUUUCAGACAUUUUGAAAUAAUUAAUUUGACCAACAUUUUAUUUGUUGUAGCCCAAAUUUUGGAAGAGGAGAUUCGUCGCCUGAAAGAAGCUCGUCUCUGCAAAGUAUGUCUUGACGAGGAAGUGUCAAUUGCAUAUAUUCCUUGUGGACACAUUGUGACUUGUGUCCAAUGCGCGGCAGCUCUCGAACACUGUCCUCUUUGUCGAAAAAAUAUUAAAGGAACAGUCCGCAUCUUCUUGUCUUAAGUAGUUCAUUUGGAUUCGUCUAAAUGAAUUGGCGAUCGCAAAGACGAACUAUAGAUAUUUUCUGAAGUACAGUUCUAAGUUCUGGAACAACUUAGUACUUGUAAAUUUAAAAAAUUCCACUGUUAAUAAGUAUUUAGUAUGGAUUUUUGUUUAUUAUUUAAAUUCUUGCAAAUGUUCUUGCAAACCCACCGGCUUUAGUUUAAAAAAUAAACGGAAAGUUAUUCAAAUCUCAAA